UCUUCCUCCGAAUAGCAGAGCAGAGCACAUCCACACUCUUCUCCAUGUCUCUCCUCUGGAUAUUAUCACUCGGGCUUCUCCUCUUGCACGUUCCUCAUUGGUGCUCCUCCUCUGCAGCUGCAAGCGAUACCCUCACGGCGGGCCAGUCACUCGCCGUCGGCGGCAGCAAGCUCGUCUCGGGGAACGGCAAGUUCGCACUCGGCUUCUUCCAGCCAGCAGCAGGCACCAUCAGUAAGUCCCAGAACACCUCCGGCUCCAGCUGGUACCUUGGCAUAUGGUUCAACAAGUUACCAGUUUUUACUGUUGUGUGGGUUGCCAAUAGGGAUCAGCCCAUCACCGGCACCAGCCUUAACCAAACACAGCUCCAGAUAUCAAGCGAUGGCAAUCUUGUCAUUGUAAACAAUGAUUCCGUAGUUUGGUCCACUCGCAUUGUCAAUAAUAGGACACAGGCCAGGAGCAUAAACACCACUGCUAGUGCUGCUGUUCUCUUGAACAGUGGAAACCUUGCCCUUACAGUCACAGAGAGCCCAUCAUCAUCGGACCUACCGUUGUGGCAGAGCUUCGAUCACCCAACAGAUAUUGUGCUUCCUGGUGCCAAGGUUGGCCGAAACAAGAUCACUGGUUUGAAUCGUAAGGGCGUCUCAAAGAAGAGCCUCAUUGAUCCGGGUCUCGGCUCGUACAGCGUUGAACUAGACAUCAGCGGGGCGGUUGUCCUCAAACGCCUAAACCCCUCUGUAGUGUAUUGGCAUUGGGCAUCCUCCAAAACAUCAUCAUUGAAGCUUAUACCAAUACUCAAGUCCAUUCUGGAUAUGGAUCCACGGACCAAAGGUUUGAUUAACCCAGCAUAUGUUGACAACGACCAAGAGGAGUACUACAUGUACACCUCACCAAAUGAAUCAUCUUCCACAUUUGUCUCACUUGACAUCUCUGGUCAGAUAAAGCUGAAUGUUUGGUCGCAAGCCAGCCAGUCUUGGCAAACCAUAUAUGCCCAGCCCGCCGAUGCCUGCACUCCGGCCGCUACCUGUGGAGCUUUCACAGUAUGCAACGGCACUGCACAACCAUUCUGUGACUGUAUGGGGAGCUUCUCUCAGAAGUCACCGCGGGAUUGGAUGUUUAAUGAUCGAACAGGAGGGUGCAUCAGAAAUACACCGUUACACUGCAACACUAGCAGUAACAACAAAAACAUGACAAGUUCAACAGAUAUAUUCAACCCCAUUGCUCAUGUUACGUUACCCUACAACCCACAAAGCAUAGACGUUGUUACCACACAGAGCAAAUGUGAAGAAGCUUGUCUCAGUUCCUGCUCCUGCACUGCUUAUGCCUAUAGCAACAGCAGAUGCUCUGUCUGGCAUGGGGAAUUGCUUAGUGUAAAUCGGAACGAUGGCAUUGAUAAUACUUCUGAAGAUGUUCUAUACCUCCGCCUUGCCGCCAAAGAUUUGCCGCCAAGUUUGAUGAAGAACAAAAGAAAACCAAACGUUGGAGCUGUUACCGCUGCAAGCAUUAUUGGUUUUGGGUUACUAAUGCUCAUGGUGUUGUUACUGAUUUGGAGGAACAGAUUCAAGUGGUGUGGUUUGCCUUUGUACAGCAAUGAAGGUAGUUCUGCUGGGAUCAUAGCCUUCAGAUACACCGACUUAGUUCGUGCCACUAAAAACUUCUCAGAAAAGCUGGGAGGAGGUGGUUUUGGUUCUGUAUACAAGGGAGUAUUAAGUGACUCAAAGACUACGGUAGCGGUGAAAAAGCUUGAUGGUGCCAAUCAAGGGGAGAAGCAAUUCAGAGCUGAGGUGAGCUCAAUUGGACUGAUCCAACAUAUCAACCUAGUCAAAUUGAUUGGUUUCUGCUGCGAAGGUCAUCACAGAUUACUUGUGUACGAGCACAUGUUCAAUGGGUCUCUUGAUAGUCAUCUAUUUAAGAAGAGCAAUAAUGCUGAUGCUGCUGUCCUAAACUGGAACACCAGAUAUCAGAUAACCCUAGGAGUUGCCAGAGGGUUGUCCUACUUGCAUCAGAGUUGCCGCGAAUGCAUCAUACACUGUGAUGUUAAGCCAGAAAACAUACUUGUGGACGCAUCCUUUGCUCCCAAAGUUGCAGACUUUGGAUUGGCAGCGUUUGUUGGAAGGGAUUUUAGCCGAAUUCUGACCACAUUCAGAGGAACCAAAGGUUAUCUUGCUCCAGAGUGGCUUACCGGAGUUGCUAUUACACCAAAAAUUGAUGUUUACGGCUUCGGCAUGGUACUGAUGGAGAUCAUAUCCGGAAGCAGGAAUUCACCUGAAACACACAACAGUAGCAGCAGCACCAGUUACCACGCUGAAUAUUUCCCUGUGCAAGCCAUCAACAAGCUUCAUGGGGGAGAUGUGAAGAGUUUGGUGGAUCCACGGUUGCAUGGUGACUUCAAUUUGGAAGAGGCUGAAAGGGUUUGCAAAGUUGCAUGUUGGUGCAUUCAAGAUAAUGAGUUUGAUCGGCCGACGAUGGGUGAAGUGGUCCGGGUUCUCGAGGGUCUGCAGGAAAUUGAUGUGCCCCCGAUGCCAAGACUGCUUGCAGCUAUAACGGCGCAACCUGGUGCUGCAUAUUCAGUGUAAUUAUAACUCACAGUCGAUGCUAAUAAUCUUUGUUAAUUUCAGCAAAUUUUAAAGUUGUAGUAAUGUCGAGUGGAAGAAAUAAAGGCAAGCAUUGUAGCAAAGUAUGGCAGAACUACCAAUAUGUGUUUGUUUUGUUGAUUGGACAGUUCAAUAUAUAUCCUUAAAUCCUUACAUCGAAGGAAGCUGUCGAUUUAUAUGUAUGCCACUACUGGUUCUUCAUCGAGAGCACACAUAGCCUGGGCGUGCCUCAUGCUCACUCCAGGAUGUGACCUUCUGACAUGGCACCGGCAGCCUGGCCCCACACUUGCUCGAUGAAAUGUGCGGCAGGCUUCAAUGCUGGCAUGGCUGUGAAGGAAAAAAGGGUACACAUGAUAUAAUGAAUCCAGGUUGAAGACGGCCAAAGCUGAUAUCACAGUAUGUAAUAUGUUGAUUAUGUCCCCAUAUAAAUUCACUCGAUGUGUGUUGAACUUUC